GAAGAAGGGCUUUCUCGGUAGACAAACCCAACCAUGCACUCAUAGAAUAGAAUCUCGAAACCUGUCCCUGUGACUGUGUCUGCGUGUGCGUGUGUCACUGUCAUUCUCUCGGGAGAACAAACCACAAACCCAUUCCCUUUGGACUCUUGCUUGCUACCACCAUUUUCCUUCGAUGCUCCCUCUCUGCUCCCAAACGAAAAGUACAAUUCUUCCUUUCCUUUUCGCCAGCCCCACUUCACACGUUCUCAAUGCCUAGCCACCCUUUUGAUCAAAGGCCUAAAAUGUCUCCAUUUUUUGGUGGGGUAAGCCUUCCCUCUCCCUCUAGGGUUUGAGUUUGUGUGGUUUUCUUCAAAUCAUUCUCAUUUUUUGUUCACUUCUCCAUAGUUCUUAACAUACCCUUUUCUUUUUGUCAACCUCUCAUCUCAAUUCCCUCCUCAAAAUCAUAUUUUCCCCCCUCACACAUCACUAGGGUUUGUUUUUGUUUCUUCAUGUUUCUCAAAGUCUCAAGCUAGGAGCCACAUUGACCUUUGCUUUGUGUUUUUUUCUCCUCCAGGCCUUGUUUAGCUUCUCUUUUCAAACAUGGGUUGUGUCCAUGGCAAGUGCUGUACCCGUUACCCUUCACCCUCAGUGGGUGGCUCCAGAGACUUCAGAGAACUUGGCCCUUACUGUGCCCAAAGGAAGCACAUUCUCACUCAGAGUUCACUGCAAUUUGUUCCUGUCCCUUCCCAUAACUUCACUUUGGAAUACUCUGUGCUCACUCAGAGAGGGUACUAUCCUGAUUCACCUGAUAAAGAGAACCAAGAUAGUUUUGGCAUUAGGACACAGUUUCAAGGCAACCCCAGUGUCCAUUUCUUUGGUGUCUAUGAUGGGCAUGGCGAAUUUGGUGGCCAGUGUUCAAAUUUUGUUAAGGAUAGGUUGGUGGAAAAUUUGUCAAGUGACAUUGCAUUGCUGGAGGACCCUGUUAAGGCCUACACUUCUGCAUUCCUGACCACAAAUGAUGACUUGCAUAAGAACGAGAUUGAUGAUUCGUUGAGCGGCACCACUGCAAUUACGGUGCUGGUUAUUGGGAACACCCUUUAUGUUGCUAAUGUUGGUGAUUCUAGAGCCGUGCUGGCUGUUAAGGAUGGAAACCGCGUUGUUGCUGAGGACUUGUCCUCUGAUCAGACACCAUUUAGGAGAGAUGAGUAUGAGAGAGUGAAGCUUUGUGGGGCGAGGGUGUUAAGUGUUGAUCAGGUGGAAGGGCACAAGGAUCCAGAUAUUCAGACAUGGGGUGAUGAAGAGAAUCAGGGUGAUGAUCCUCCUAGGUUGUGGGUUCAGAAUGGAAAGCUUCCUGGAGCUGCUUUUACAAGGAGUGUAGGGGAUAAGUUGGCUGAGACUAUUGGUGUCAUUGCUGUUCCUGAGGUGUCAACGGUUCAGCUUACACCUAACCAUCUUUUCUUUGUUGUUGCAAGUGAUGGUGUAUUUGAGUUCCUAUCAAGCCAAACUGUUGUUGAUAUGGCAGCAAGUUAUUCAGAUCCCCGCGAUGCAUGUGCUGCCAUUGCUGGAGAGUCUUAUAAACUAUGGUUAGAACAUGAGGGUCGAACAGAUGAUAUAACAAUUAUCAUUGUUCAGAUCAAAGGCCUGUCUAAUUCAGUUACAUCUGGACUUGGAGCAGGUGAGAUCAAUGUCAGUACUGUAACAAGGACAAAGAGCAAGAGGGUAAAGGGAGCAUCCGAAAUAUCUGCCACUACUGGGUUAGAUGUGUGUCGUUCAGUCAGGAAUGGUUUCUCUGAUUUACAGUCCUGUCCACAGCAUGUGGUCUCAACUAGAAGCCCAGCCAUAGUGGUCCCCUCUCCGGCAUGUCAAACACCAGUUGUAUUGGUACAGUCACACUAGAAUUGUUUCAUAUUAAUCAUUCAGGAGUGCUAGCAACACACUCCUUUAAUCGGAGAGAGGCUUUGCGGAAACUUCACCAUGUCUCAUCAUACUUUCUCCUAGGGGGUACAUUUCUAUGUUCUAUUCUUCUUGAGUCUUCUGCAUUACCAUCGCUGCUGAAGGUUGCGGGCUUAGGGUGCAUUAUCUGGGCAGCUGAAGGACCCUUUUCAGAAUUUAGAAAGCAGAAAUGAUUAAUGGUCAUUUUUUCUUUUCUCAACCUUUUGCUAAUUCAAGUUGCUUGUCAUUUAACCUUAUACAAGCACUUCAGGAGUACACUAAAACAUAUCCUUCCCGAAUAGCGCUGCACUUCACUCUCCAAUUUAAAAUUUGGAAAGGGGUCUAUAAAUAACUUGAGAGAAAGGAGAUCUGUGCAGGAGUUUGGUUGGUGACUAAUUGACUACUACUACUUGCAAUGAAUUGUAGUCAAUGGUCAACUUGUAAGACAAGCCACGUGCUAUUAGAAUGUAAAUCCAUUAUCCUCGUUCUCAUGCUGGAUCCAGUGUAUCUCUUAGAAACAUGUCUGAUUUUUUUUAUUGCUUUUCAAUAUUAGUUUCAUGUUUUUACUGCAAAUUGGUAACUGAAUGAAUGGUUAUGGGUAUAAACAAUUUAUGUGAAUUACUGUUUCA